AUGUUAUCUCGAUUCACUCUCAGCAGAUCAUUUGCUGUUCGUUACCUUUCAACAACUCCUUCCAAGGUUGUGUCUACUACCGAUGAAGCUCUUGCAGGUAUAAAAUCCAAUAUCACCCUUCUUUCUGGAGGGUUUGGUCUUAGUGGUGUUCCUGACACCAUUAUCAAUGCCCUUGUGAAAAAGCCAGAAAUCAACAACAUUACUGCCGUAUCCAACAAUGCUGGUCUUGAUGGAAGAGGUCUUUCCCAAUUAUUGGUCACUGGCCAAAUUACCAAGAUGAUUUCCAGUUAUAUUGGUGGGAACCGUACUUUUGAAAAGUUGUACCUUACAGGUAAGAUUGAUUUGGAAUUGACCCCACAAGGUAACUUGGCUGAAAGAGUUAGAGCCGGUGGUGCCGGUAUCCCUGCAUUCUACAGUCCUGCUGGUGUUGGAACCUGGUUAGAAGAGGGUAAAUUACCAGUUAGAUACGAUGAAACCGGAGAAAAGGUGUUAAAGACAAGUGAAGCUAGAGAAGUGAGAGAAUUUGGCGGAAGAAAGUUCCUUUUGGAACCUGCUAUUUUCGGUGAUGUUGCAUUAGUCAAGGCUUACAAGGCUGAUAAGUUAGGAAACUGUUGGUUUAGAGGUGCCGCCCGUAACUUCAACUCAGCUAUGGGAAGAAACGCUAAAUUAACCAUUGUGGAAGCUGAACAUAUUGUUGAACCUGGUGAAAUUGCUCCUGAAGAUGUUCAUUUACCAGCUAUUUACGUUGAUAGAGUCAUUCAAUCAACUACACCAAAGGAUAUUGAAAUUUUCAAAUUCUCGGAAGAAAAAUCAGAAGAACCAGUUGAACAAUCAGAAGCUGACUUGAAGCGUGCCAAGAUAGUAAAGAGGGCUGCUCAAGAAUUCACCGAUGGAUCAUUUGCCAAUUUGGGAAUUGGUAUGCCAACUCUUGCACCAAACUAUUUACCAUCUGAUAUCCAUGUUACCCUUCAAUCAGAAAACGGUAUUCUUGGAUUAGGACCAUACCCACAAAAGGGACAGGAAGAUCCUGAUAUGAUCAAUGCUGGUAAGGAAACCGUUACUCUUGCCCCAGGUGCUUCUCUCUUUGGAUCAGAAGAAUCAUUUGCCAUGAUUAGAGGUGGUAAGAUCGAUUUAACUAUUCUUGGUGGAUUACAAGUAUCUGCCAAGGGAGAUUUAGCCAACUGGGGAUUGCCAGGAAGAGUUAAAGGUAUGGGUGGUGCUAUGGAUUUGGUUUCCAACCCUAAGGCCACUAGAGUUGUUGUUGUCAUGGAACAUGUUGACAAGAAGGGAAGACCAAAGAUCUUGGAAGAAUGUAAGUUCCCAUUAACUGGUAAGGAAUGUGUUUCUAGAAUCAUCACUGAUUUGGCUGUAUUUGAUAUUGUUGACGGAAAACUAGUAUUGAUUGAAAUCGACCCUGCAUCUUCAGUUGAAGAAAUCACAGAAAAGACCGGGGCUAAGUUUGAAGUAUCGCCAAACUUAAAGAAGAUUGAAAUUUAG